AUGGGGCUCACGGCGGACUCCCGAGAAGGGCACGGAGGCUGCAUCGCCUGCUGUCGCUUACUCCAAAGUCCGAGGGCGGCUUCCAAAGAAGCUACUGGCCUUAAUGAUAGAAGUAUUGAUGUGGAAGUAGUUGACCUCACUUGUGAAACUUCAGAAUCUAUAGUUGUUGAUCUUACACAAGACGAUUCUCUUGUGCUUGUUGGAGAGAGUGGGCAGCAGCCCAAUAGAGAGUUAAGACAUCAACCAUUGUCUGACAGCCUCAUAUUUAGUGGUGGUGGUGGUGGUGAUAGCAGACACACACAGAGUGGUGCUCUUGCCACUAGAAAGCUCCCCAGAGAAGUGGGAAGGAUGGAAUUUGCAAGAUCCUCAGGUACUUUGAGUUGUGGAAUUUGCAUAGACAGCUAUGCAGAGAGUGUGCAAAGCGGACGGCUUAUAGUGUCAACAACAUGUGGUCACAUCUUCUGUAGUCAGUGCCUCAGCAAUUUUCUUAGGCAUGCUAACUUUUGCCCAAUUUGUAGGAGGAAACUCACUCCAAAGGAGUAUCAUCCAAUUUAUAUAUGA